AUGAUAUUACAGCUAGGAUUGUUUUCUGAAAAAAAUGAAACACGAAAUCGACAAUUUGACAACAGUCAUAGGAAAUUCAGUUUCCGUAAAAAAGGUCCCGAUUUGACAAGCUUAAGCUUUGAUUCUAGAAACACUUCAGCAGGUCAUGCAAUGCAGGCGAACUCACCACCACCACCACCACCACCACCACCACCACCACCACCACCACCACCACCACCACCACCACCACCACCACCACCACAUCAACCCUAG